UUGAAGAGGAAAGAGUGGACUAACACUUUUUUUAGGUUCCUUCCUUCUCUGAUGAAAAGCAGAGUAAAAUGUAAAAGCUGAAGAUACUCCACAUUGCAAUGUCCUUGUCUCUCUCUAUUCUAUUCUUCCUAAUCCUCUGAGUUCUUGCAGUUACUGCCCCUCAUUUUUAUGGCCACACAAGUCAGAGAGACAGAGACAUUGGUUUUUCUCCUUCAUGGGGUUCUGAGUUAGUGUCAAAGUUCCUUCCUUGAGUACUUGGGGUUCUCUAUUUUUUCUUCCUUAUAGAGUAACAAUGGAAGGUAGCCACAUCAUGGCAGUGUUGUUCUUUCUCUUCUUUGGCCUAAUUAUGAGAAUGUGUUAUGGUGACACAGACCCAAAUGAUCUCAAAGUUCUGAAUUCUUUCAGAAAAGGGUUAGAGAAUCCUGAGCUUCUGAAAUGGCCGGAAGAUGGAGAUGAUCCAUGUGGCCCUCCUUCAUGGCCUUAUGUGUUCUGCAGUGGUGAUAGAGUCACUCAGAUUCAGGCCAAGAAUCUUGGACUAAGAGGAACAUUGCCUCCAAAUUUCAAUCAGCUCUCAGAACUCUACAACUUGGGCCUUCAAAGGAACAACCUCACUGGGAUGUUGCCUAGUUUCAGUGGAUUAUCUAAGUUGGAAUUUGCUUUCUUGGAUUACAAUGCAUUUGAAGCAAUCCCUUCAGAUUUCUUCAACGGACUUACCAGCUUGAGGGUUUUGUCUUUGGAAGAAAAUCCAUUGAAUGGAACUACUGGUUGGUCAUUUCCUCUUGAUUUGGAAAAAUCAGUGCAACUAACCAAUCUUUCUCUUGUGAAUUGCAAUUUGGUUGGACCGUUGCCGGAUUUUCUAGGCACAUUGCCUUCCCUAACGAACCUGAGGCUUUCCGGGAACAGGCUAUCCGGUAAGAUUCCGGAAACUUUUGCUCAAUCUUCUAUCCAGGUUCUAUGGUUGAACAAUCAAGAAGGUGAAGGGUUAACGGGUCCUAUUGAUGUUGUUUCUUCAAUGAUUUUCCUAAGACAGCUUUGGCUACAUGGAAAUCAGUUCAAUGGGAGAAUUCCACAUGAUAUUGGAAACCUUACUUCCUUGCAAGAGCUCAACCUCAAUAGUAAUCAACUUGUUGGCUUGAUUCCUGAAUCCCUAGCAGAAAUGGAACUUGAGUUAUUGGUGUUGAACAAUAACAUGUUAAUGGGUCCAAUACCAGAAUUUAAGGCUGCAAAUGUUUCUUAUAGUAACAAUUUCUUUUGUCAAAUUAAGCCAGGGCAUGAAUGUGAUCCUCAAGUUACUGCACUGCUAGAUGUUCUGGAUAAUCUGAACUAUCCAUUGUUUCUCAUUUCGGAUUGGUCAGGCAACAAUCCAUGCACUGGAAGCACAGAGAGCACAGGGCCAUGGUUCGGAUUGAGCUGCAAUUCCAACCACCAGGUAUCUAUAAUCAAUUUGCCACGGCACGAGCUCAACGGUACUCUUAGUCCCUCACUUGCUAAGUUAGAUUCAUUACUUGAAAUUAGGCUAGAAGGAAAUAACAUAACUGGCAUGGUUCCUAGUAAUUUUUCUGAAUUGAAAUCUUUGAGGUUGUUUGAUUUAAGUGACAACCAUCUUGAGCCCCCAUUGCCAAAUUUUCGUGAAGAUGUUAAGGUUGUUAUUGUGGGAAACCCUCUUCUUACUACUGAAAGUGGAGGAAUGUCUCUGCCGCCUGAAAAUUCACAUCCUUCUCCAGACAACCUGUCACCCCCUUCAUCCUCCUCUCAUAAGGCACAUGAUCCCAAUAUGAAUUCAAGUUCAAGUCAAUCUAAACUGGAUCAUUCCAAAAGAUUCAAGACAGUGGCAAUUGUGUCUGGAAUUACAGUCUUUGUAGUUGCUGUUCCUUUGGUUGUUUUCCUCUUCAUUUGUUCCAUGAAGAAGAAAAAGGCCUCCUUGGAUGCUCCAAGUUCCAUUGUGGUGCACCCGAGAGAUCCAUCCAAUCGGGAUAAUGUGGUUAAAGUCACAGUCUCAGAUACCACCACUGGAAGCUUAUCAACUAAGACUGGGACAAGUUCUCUGAGUAACAUUAGUGGUGAGACUCAAAACUCUCAUAUAAUUGAGGCUGGAAACCUUGUCAUUUCGGUUCAAGUCCUACGCAAGGUUACCAACCAUUUCUCUUCAGAAAAUGAGCUAGGCCGUGGAGGGUUUGGAACUGUGUACAAGGGUGAACUUGAAGAUGGGACUAAAAUAGCAGUGAAGAGAAUGGAGCAUGGUGUUAUCAGCAGCAAGGCGCUGGAGGAGUUUGAAGCUGAAAUCGCUGUUCUUUCAAAGGUUCGUCACAGGCAUUUGGUAUCUCUUUUGGGGUAUUCCAUUGGAGGCAAUGAGAGACUUUUGGUUUAUGAAUAUAUGCCUCUUGGUGCUCUUAGCCAACAUCUUUUCCAUUGGAAAAGCUUGAAAUUGAAACCAUUGUCUUUGUCACAAAGGCUUGCAAUAGCUCUAGAUGUUGCUAGAGGAAUCGAAUACCUUCAUGGUCUUGCCUGCCAGACCUUCAUCCAUAGAGACCUCAAGUCUUCUAAUAUUCUACUUGGUGAUGAUUUCCACGCAAAAGUUUCGGAUUUUGGUCUUGUGAAGCUUGCUCCGGAUGGCGAAAAAUCUGUGGCAACCAAGCUUGCUGGAACAUUUGGAUACCUUGCCCCUGAAUAUGCAGUGAUGGGGAAAAUCACCACCAAAGUUGAUGUGUUCAGCUAUGGGGUGGUCCUGAUGGAACUACUGACUGGACUAACAGCGCUUGAUGAGAGCCGGCCGGAGGAAAGACGAUAUCUAGCAGAAUGGUUUUGGCGAAUCAAAUCAAACAAAGAAAAGCUCAUGGCUGCCAUUGAUCCAGCUUUGGAAGCAACUGACGAAGCUUUCGAGAGCAUAUCCAUUGUAUCUGAACUCGCCGGACACUGCACUGCAAGGGAGGCACACCACCGGCCGGAUAUGAGUCAUGUGGUGAAUGUACUCGUGGCGUUGGUUGAGAAAUGGAAACCGGUUGACGAUGAGUUAGAUUACGACUCUGGUAUUGACUACAGUAGACCGCUCCCACAAAUGCUGAAGAUUUGGAAGGAAGCAGAGAGCAAUGAAUUUAGCUAUGGUGCCAGUACUGAAAACAGUAGAGGAAGUAUAGCAGCCAAGCCUUCUGGUUUUGCUGAUUCUUUUACCUCUGCUGAUGCUAGAUGAUUUUGGAGCCAAGUCCGGUGCAAUUUGUGGUUCUUAUUGCCAUAGACUAUAGUGCUAUUUACCUGAAUAAAGAAUUUUCCAUUUUCUGUUACUGCAGCCGAAAAGGUAGUAUACAUUGUUUGCUUUGUGAUUUUUGUGUUGUUUGUGGACAGUGAAACACUUCAAAAUACUAUUCCAAGAUGUAGAUAAAGAGUUUUUGUUUUGUCCUAUUUUAGUAUUUGGCUUUAUAGAAACUUCAUUUGGUAAGUCUUCUGUUAUCCAUACAAUACAAGGUUGAUUGUUACACAUGCAUAGCAACAA